GUCUCAGGGCACAGUCUGAAUCGAGUGACCAGUCGAAACGCUCUCUGCUCGCGUCUCUCGUUUGCAGUGUAGGAGUGUGUUGUUUACGCGACAGUUCUCAUUAGAUUAGCUCGACAAUAAUUCAAAAUUAUUUAUCGUUUCGGUUUUCCACAGUCGGAGGUGACAGCGGUUCGUAUUGUUCGUUAUACUUUUAGAACUGAAUAACAUUUCUCGAAUAAACCAUUACCUCUCAAAUUUAAGUUCAUUGAAAACGAUUAAAAAACAUUUUGAAUAAAUGACUCAUCUGUAGCGACAAUAAGUUGAUAUUGCACAGUUCCAUCGAGCAACAAAGAUGAGCCAAAACAGUAGUGAUUCAGAUAAUGACAGCUCCUAUCAUUUAUUAAAACGACCACCAGUGGACAUUGAAUUUACAGAUUUAACAUACAGUGUGCCAGUAGGUCGAAAUGGAUCAAAAAUCAUUCUUCGAGGCGUCAGUGGAUAUUUUAAAUCUGGAGAAUUGACAGCUAUUAUGGGUCCCUCUGGUGCUGGAAAGAGUACACUACUUAAUGUUCUUGCCGGUUACAAAUGUGGUGAUACCAGAGGGUCAAUUAUGGUUAAUGGUAGACCAAGAGACAUGAGAUUAUUUAGAAAAAUGAGUCGUUAUAUCAUGCAAGAUGAUCUUUUGCAACCAUCUUUAACCGUCAUGGAGUCAAUGGAGUUUUCUGCUGACUUAAAAUUAGGUCAUACAUUAUCAAAGAAGUGUAAAGCUGAAGCGAUAGAAAAAAUCCUUGAAAUGCUCCGACUGACCAAGACGAAAAACACAGUCAUGGAUAAAUUAUCUGGAGGAGAAAAGAAAAGAUUAUCUAUAGCUUUAGAGUUAGUCAAUAACCCGCCUGUGAUAUUUUUAGAUGAACCAACGACGGGCUUAGAUGACCUGUCUAGUACACAAUGCAUAUCGUUGCUCAGAGAGUUGGCAUCUGGUCAUCGAACCAUUGUAUGUUCUAUUCAUACGCCUAGUGCAAAAUUAUUUAAUAUGUUUAAUCAUGUGUACAUAGUAGCUGAUGGGCAAUGUGCUUUCAGUGGGGCCGGUCAAGAUAUUGUACCAUAUUUGUCCCACAUAGGUCUUAACUGUCCUAUGCAUUAUAAUCCAGCAGACUACAUGAUCGAAGUUUGCAGUAAAGAAUAUGGUGACCACCUCGAUAAAAUGACAACAGCAGUCGAAAAUGGAAAAUGUUUAAGGUGGUCCAGAGAUAAGAUUGAAAAUAGAAAAGUUUUUAAACGUACUGCAUCUCAGUAUGAUACUGUGUCCAAAAAAAUGUAUGAUUUUUCAGCUUCUGGCAUGACACAGUUCUGUGUUCUUCUCAGACGAAUGAUGAUCCAAAAUAAAAGAGACUAUUCAUUUUUGCUAGUCAAAUUUUUAAUGUACCUUUUACUUGGUAUAACGGUCAGUGGGAUGUUUUACAAGUUUGGAAACAAUGCAGCAUACACUAUAUUUAAUUAUGGCUCCAUCUAUAUAACUGUUAUCAUCUUCAGUUACAUACCACUUAUGCCAGUAUUGUUGAAAUUUCCCACUGAAGUUCAGAUGUUAAAACGAGAGUAUUUCAAUCGAUGGUAUGGAUUGAAUGCAUACUUUUGUGCUCUCACUUGCUCCCAAAUACCUUUACAGAUCGCUUUGGCAACCAUCUAUAUAUCUUUAACUUAUUGGUUUACUGACCAGCCUUUGGAGAUAGAACGUAUUCUAAAAUAUUUUAUUGUGUGUGUAAUAGUUGCACUAUCAUCUGAAAGCAUGGGUUAUGCCAUAUCAUCUCAGUUUAGUGUUACGAACAGUGUUUUCAUGGGUCCUUGUUUGUCAUGUCCGUUAAUAUUGUUGGCAUCAUACGGUUUGGGAUACACGAGCGAUCAAAUACCUACGAUAUUCAAGUUAGCCAUGCGAUUAAGUUAUCUACGGUACGGUGUUGAGGCGCUUGUCAUGUCUAUUUAUCAAGAUAGAGGAAAACUAGUGUGCCCACCAGAAAUAGAUGUCUGCAAAAUUAAAGAUCCAAGUGUGUUGUUUAACACUGUAGGUAUGUCCGAUGUUAACUACUGGGCAUCGCUGUCGAUGUUAUGUGUCAUGUUUUUUAUGUUCAAAAUAUCAUCUUAUGUAAUGCUAAGGUGGCGCCUCAGCACUAGACCGUCAAUAUUACUGAGACUUGGAUUCAUUGGCAGGCUAAUAAAAGUAUAUUUAUUUCCUCGUUAUUAGUGUUACCACCAAGUUACAAAACUUAUAUAAACUACAAACAUAAAUUAUUAUUAGAAUUGAGAUGGUAUUGAAAACUCUAUUCGUUAUUAUUUUUAAGUGUCAUACACUUAU